UGGCCGUGGUUAAGGUGCGGCGGCGAGACCGGCCGGGAAGAUGCCAGUGGCGGUGAUGGCAGAAGGUGCCUUCAGUUUCAAAAAGUUGCUGGAUCAAUGUGAGAACCAGGAGCUCGAGGCUCCUGGAGGAAUUGCUACACCCCCAGUAUAUGGUCAACUUCUAGCUUUAUAUUUACUCCAUAAUGACAUGAAUAAUGCAAGAUAUCUUUGGAAAAGAAUACCACCUGCUAUAAAAUCUGUAAAAGUAGUCAUUAACCUAACCAUCAAUGCUCACCAGUGGUCUGAGACAGUCCAGCCAAUCAUGGAGGCACUUAGAGAUGCAACAAGGAGACGAGCCUUCGCCCUGGUCUCUCAAGCCUACACCUCCAUAAUUGCUGAUGAUUUUGCAGCCUUUGUAGGACUUCCUGUUGAAGAGGCUGUGAAAGGUAUAUUAGAACAAGGAUGGCAAGCCGACUCCACCACCAGAAUGGUUCUGCCCAGAAAGCCAGUUGCAGGAUCCCUGGAUGUUUCCUUUAACAAGUUUAGUCCCUUAUCAGAGCCUGCUCCAGUUCCCCCAAUUCCCAAUGAACAGCAGUUAGCCAGACUGACCGAUUAUGUGGCUUUUCUUGAAAAUUGAUGAUCCUGAGUUCAAGAUCCAUCUUCGGAAUUCUGUAUACUGACAAAUGUAGAAAUGUAAAAUUUUUAUUUUCAAUUUAUUGGAUGGAUGAAGCACCUCAGCAUUCCUUCCUGAGUAUGUGAUAAAAUACAUAUAUAAUAUAAAGUAUAUAUAUAUCUAUUUUGUCCUUAACCAUGCUGAAUCAUUGUUG